GUAGGUAUAUAAUUUAUCGAUCAGUAUUGAAUCCAAGUUGUGCGUCGAAACGAAGACCGACUAACAAUUUGUUAACGUGAUUACGCAAUUUUGAUGUGUACAAAUCGAAUUCGCAUAUAAACCGCACAUUCGCAGCUUUGAAAACAAACGAACUACGCGAAUACGUCAGGAGUGACGGGGGUGAGAAAAGGUCAAAAAAGUGAAAAAAUGAGUAAAAAGCGUAAAACUUUUCAAAAAACGUUAUAUUUACGAAAAAUUUGAAAACUGAUAACAAAAUAAAGCAAGAUAACCGCGGUGUCUAAUUUUCUGUUCAAAUAUCAGAAAUCGAAAAGCAUGUUAGGCGUAUAAUGGAAACCUUGUUUUUCCCUGGGCUCGGCGACUGUGAACAACGUUGUUACGUUGGUCACUCUAUACCCGCUUGCAGGCCGCUUUGUCCGUUUGCCGGUCGUGACUUGACGUAACCGAUGUCUAAUAAUAAGGUUUUCCCUGUGUUCGCGCAUUAAUUGUUUUGCUCUUUGUUUUAUAGUCGGUGAUGAAUAUUGGUUAUACGUAAUAUUAUAACAUAAUAUUAUAUAUUAAUUUUAUUUUAUCUGUGUAGUGGCUACUAACUAUAAUUUUUCUAUUUUGUAUUAAUUGUGUCUACUCAGUACGUUCUGUUUUGUACUUUAGUCUACAGUAAUAUAUCUACUACAGUACUACAGUCGUUGUUUAAUUACGUAUAUUAUAGGUAUAUAGGAGGUGAGCUUAUUCUAGAACUAAGUAUGUGGGCUGUAGUACAUUUUUUAUCCGAUAAUUCUGUGGACUAUGUACCUUCAAUUUGGGUUAAAAAAGAUGGCAUAAAAACGGUAUGUGCGUGGCCAAACAACGACAGUAAUUUAAAAAAAUUCAGAUCCAGCCGUUCAUAUCCAAAUAAAAUAGACUACAGCUAUUAUAGGUGUAGAGUCAUGUCUAAAGAUAUUGCAUUGUUAUCUGAAGCUCUAAGAAAAACUGACAAAGCACAAUUCACAAAUGAUGUAUCUGAUGGAAAUAAAUACAAUAGAAAACUAGAAAAGAAGAAAUCAUUAGAUAAAGCAGCUGUUGGUGAAAAAAGAAGUUCUGUGCUGUCAGGUUGUUCUUCAACAAACGUUAGUAAAUCAGAUAAAUUAUUGAAGAACUCUGAUGAUAGUUUUGCCUCCCAAUCAUUAUUAUCUGAAGCUCAAAGACAAGCUGAAAAAGUGCAAUUUACAUCUGUAGUAUCUGAAGUAGAUAAAUAUAACAAUAAGUUAAAAAAGACGAAAUUAUUAGAUAAAGCAGCUGUUGGUGAAAAAAGAAGUUCUGUGCUGUCAGGUUGUUCUUCAACAAACGUUAGUAAAUCAGAUAUAAUAUUGAAGAACUCUGAUGAUAGUUUUGCCUCCCAAUCAUUAUUAUCUGAAGCUCAAAGACAAGCUGAAAAAGUGCAAUUUACAUCUGUAGUAUCUGAAGUAGAUAAAUAUAACAAUAAGUUAAAAAAGACGAAAUUAUUAGAUAAAGCAGCUGUUGGUGAAAAAAGAAGUUCUGUGCUGGCAGAUUGUUCUUUAACAAAUAUUGAUAAAGAAGAAGAUUUUAUAUUGGCAAACUCUGAUGAUAAUUCUAACUCGCACAAAACAAGUGAAUGUUCUGAAAUUUCAUCUGUUAUUGAUGAUAGUGAUGUCGAUCAGAAUUAUACUCCGAACUAUCAUAAGCAAAAACAAAAUACAUCUACUGAAAUCUGGCCAGCUACUUUGGAUAAUGAUAUUGAUGUAAAUAACGAAAGUAUGUAUGCCAUUCCAUCUACCGUUUCACAGUCUCAGAAACUACUACAAUCUCAACUACCAAUUAAUUCUGCUUCAUUUAUUGUUUUUCAAAAAGCAACGUUAAAUUACUUGGCUGUCAUAAAAGUAGAAAUGUGUAAGAUUGCUGAUAAUCAACAACACAUUAUACAAAUGAUACAAUCGAAGAAUGUUAAUACCCAAGGUGAUGAAUUUAAUUGGGAACAUGAAGUUGACUACUUUAUACACAAUUGGCCUAUCUCUAAUAAAGAAGACCUAAUGAAUAUGGAAGAAAAAAUGAAAUCCGAUGUUCAUUUUCAAAAACAAGUUGUAUGCGAGCUUGCAAGAAUUGGUGGUAAAUCACUCAAAAAUAUGAUUUACAAAAUUAUGAAAAGAGUAUUCGAUGACAAAGUUUUGAUUGCUUACACAUAUUAUGGUCUACGAAACAAAGACAACUUCUCAUUGCUAUCUAUCAAUAAGGCAAUUUUUGAUGCAAGUAAGAAGUCGAACUUUAAAAAUGCAUCCAAUGAUGAAAUCAUCACUGCAAUAGGGAAAUGGCUAACUAGUGCCAAAGGACGGCUCGUUAAAAAAAAUCCAUUGGAAAAUAUUAUGUAAAUCUUUAUAUACCUAAUUAUAAUUUGAAAAUAAAAAUUCAGGAAGAAUUUUUUUACUAUGUAAAUCUUUAUAUACCUAAUUAUAAUUUGAAAAUAAAAAUUCAGGAAGAAUUUUAUUCAAAGA